CUCCUGGCUGUAGGGGGCGCUGUGGGCGGCGCGGUGGCCCUUCCCCAGCCCGCUGCCUGCUCCGCUCCGCUCUGCUCGCUGGGUUGGGGCUGGCGGCGGCGCCGGGGAAAGAUGCCGCUGGGGCUGAAGCCAUCGUGUAGCGUGUGUAAGGCCAACUCCUCGUCCAUGUGGAGGAAGAGCAGUCAGGGCGAGAUCGUAUGUAAUAACUGCUCGGGCAGACAGCCGCCCGCCAGCGGCCUGGCCGCCCCGGGACAGACCCCGGCCUCGGCCCCGCCACAGGCCCCGCCUAGCAACGGGGGCAGCGGGGGAGGCAACAGCGGCAAACAGACAAAACAGGAAAUUCACAGACGAUCUGCGAGGUUAAGGAACACGAAAUACAGGUCUACGCCCCCCACCGAAAAGAAAGUUUCGACCAAAGGAAAAGGAAGAAGACACAUUUUCAAGUUAAAAAAUCCUAUUAAAGCACCAGAAUCUGUAUCUACAAUAAUCACAUCUGAAUCCAUUUUCUAUGGGGGUAUAUAUUACCAAGUUGGAGAUAUUGUCUCUGCAGUGGAUGAAGAUGAUGAAAAGGUCUACUAUGCUCAGAUCCGAGGAUUUGUGCAGGAUCAGUACUGCGAGAAGAGUGCAGUGAUAACAUGGCUUAUCCCAACUCUUGGAAGCUCCAAAGACCAGUUUGAUCCAGCAACUUAUAUCCUUGGACCAGAAGAAGAUCUGCCUAGAAAAAUGGAACAUUUUGAGUUUAUAUGCCAUGCACCCUCUGAGUACUUCAGAUCCCGAUCAACCCCACUGCCAGUCAUUCCAACCAGACCUGAAAAGGGGUAUAUCUGGACCCGCAUUGGACCAUCCUCUGCAAUAUCUGUUAAAGAAUCAAUAGCAAACAGUUAUUAGCUGAAAGACUGAUUCUUUAUUAAAACAAGUUCAUAUUUGUGUAUUAAAUUUAAAUCAUAGCCUGAGUAAAAUGUGAGCUGUUAUAAAAUAUUAAACUGCUUCAAUAGA